UGUCUGUCUGUCUGUCUGUCUCUCCCUCUCCCCCGCCCCGCCUCCCGGCUCACCCUCUGAUUGCUCUUGCUCUGCAGCAGCCUCCUCACCGGCAGCACGCGCUGCUUCGGUCCAUCAGUCCCGGUGUGGACCCGCGUUAACGAGACUGGAGAAUGAAUGACAGACGGAACAGGAUCGAGCUAAUCCGGACUGGUUGACCUUGUUUUCUGGUCUGGCUCUUUUUUAGUGUUGGAACUAAUCCAGCUCGGAUUGGCUUGGCUUCGCGUGGGUCUCUCUUCCUCUGUUGGGGAUCUGUCCGGCUGGGACUAAUAUGACACAAGAGUUAAACCGGAUCGUACCGUUGCGUGCCAGAGCGCGCGCAACCUGCGGAUAAAUGAGAGAGAGAGACCCGCGAGAGCUCAGAUUAAGUGUGGGAUGAAGGGGGUCCUGAGCCAGGUGGUUUUUGUGUGUGUGUUGCUGAGUGGACGAGUUUCAUCGGCUGAGUUAACCUGUGAAACACUGAUCUUGCUGUCGACCAACCUGACAGCAAGCAUGCUGGCGUUACUAAACCAGACAUUCACCAUCAGUAACACCUCAGGUUUGUAUUGUGACCUGUCUGUGGAUGGUAUAGGAACCUGUUGGCCUCGCAGUGCAGCAGGCGAGCUGAUCUCCAGACCCUGUCCUGAAAAGUUCAAUGGCAUCCACUACAACACCACCAACCGGGUCUACAGAGAGUGUCAGUUAAAUGGCAGCUGGGCUCCUCGAGGAAACUACAGUCAAUGCACCGAGAUCAUCGUGCUGAGGAAGAGUAAAGUUCAUUAUCAGGUUGCCGUCAUCAUCAACUACCUCGGUCACUGUAUCUCUCUUGGAGCUCUGCUGCUAGCCUUCACACUCUUCAUGAGACUCAGGAGUAUUCGUUGUCUGAGGAACAUCAUUCACUGGAAUCUGAUCUCAGCAUUCAUCUUGAGGAACGCCACCUGGUUCAUCGUCCAGUUAACGAUGAAUCCUGCUGUUACAGAGAGAAACCAGGUGUGGUGCAGGUUGGUCACAGCAGGUUAUAAUUAUUUCCAUGUGACAAACUUCUUCUGGAUGUUUGGUGAAGGUUGUUACCUCCACACGGCCGUCGUCCUCACCUACUCCACCGACAAGCUCAGGAAGUGGAUGUUCAUCUGCAUUGGCUGGGGUAUUCCGUUUCCCAUCAUUGUGGCAUGGGCUUUCGGAAAGCUUUACUACGACAAUGAGAAAUGCUGGUUUGGAAAGAGAGCGGGAGUUUACACUGACUACAUUUACCAAGGUCCCAUGAUCCUGGUCCUGCUGAUUAACUUUGUCUUCCUGUUCAACAUCGUUCGGAUCCUGAUGACUAAGCUGAGGGCAUCAACGACCUCAGAGACGAUUCAGUACAGGAAAGCAGUGAAGGCAACCCUGGUCCUGCUGCCUCUUUUGGGGAUCACCUACAUGUUGUUCUUUGUGAAUCCUGGAGGAGAAGAUGAAGUCGCUCAGAUCGUCUUCAUCUACUUUAACUCCAUCCUUGAGUCCUUCCAGGGUUUCUUCGUCUCAGUUUUCUACUGCUUUCUCAACAGUGAGGUGCGGUCUGCCGUCAGGAAGCGCUGGAUUCGAUGGCAGGACCGUCACUCCUUUCGCAGCCGGGUGGUGCGUGCCACUUCGCUGCCCACAUCACCAAGCAGAGUGUCCUUCCACAGCAUCAAACAGUCCUCCAAUCUCUGACCUCCUACCUCUGACAAACACGAACAAUCUGUGAUGUCAUUCCAGUCAGCCAAUCAGUGGCUGACCUGAUUAAACCAACCAAUGGAUCCACUCAGAGGAGGAGAACAGAUUUGGCCAAGCAGCUGGAGACCUGUUAAGUCAGGACCUUCCCUGGCCCCCUGGCUUCAUGUGCUGACCAAUCAGUGGACUCGACUCACUGCUUCCACAGGGUCUCAUCAGGACUGUUUGUUUAUUGAUUAACGUCAUCAACAAGAUGAAAAAUUAACCAUCAGAAGAAUAACAUCAUCAAGACCAUCAGAAAAGGGUUAUUACCAAAUUAUAAAAAAUGAUUAAUAAUUAAUAAUUUUGAUUAAUCAGAUUAUUUAGAUUCAUGAUAAACUGGAUCAAAGACAGCUUCAUUUUAUUGAUGUGUUUUUCAAUAUUUCCUUUCUCUUUGAGAUGAUGCUGUACAGAAAAUAUAAAUAAUAUAAAUAAAAUCAAUCACUCGGACUGUAAUGACAUGCUCGGCCCUGAUAGGGGGAGAUCACUACUAACAGUAACCAUAGUAAUCAAAGUAGCAACAGUAACUGUAGUAACCGUAAAUUAGUUAGAGCCUGUAAGUCUGUGUGAAGCGAAAACUCAGAGAGAGAGAGAGAGAGAGAGAGAGAGAGAGAGAGAGUGUGUGUGUGUGUGUGUGUGUGUGUGUGUGUGUGUGUGUGUGUGUGUGUGUGUGUGUGUGUGUGUGUGUUUUAACUUAAUCAGUGGCAUUAUUAUCAGGAGUAAACUUGAUAAAAAAUCUAAUUUAUUUAUUUUGAUGUUAAUAAUUUGUUUGUGACGUCAGCAGAUUAAACAGUUUAGUGACAUGUGACCCGACAUUUGACCUAUAGAAAGCCAGUUCAAAUAUGCAUGACCUUAAAGCGUGUGACGUCAUCCACCUGUCCAAACACUGUUCAAACUGAGCAUGCUCAGUUGAUUCCUGAUGUUUAACAUGCGGAUGAUCAUUUCUUCUUUUUGUUUUGUUGGUUAUAAAAUAAAUAUUUGGAUCAGUUUAA